ACGUAUUAUUUAUUGCAGUCUUGAAAAACAGUUGCAACUUCCCAAGAAAGAAAGCCCGAGAUCUCUCUCUGAUCUGUGUUGCUGAAGUUGUCAUUGGCUUCCGUACUUUUCACUCUCCUCAACCCACCCCUCCAACCCCCCCUACCCCACCUACCUCUACUGCCACCACCGCCACCACCAUCUUUGCCACCACUGUGUCCAUUUCCCGAUGAAAUAGAAUAACAACUUUGUUUUCUUUCUCUGUCUUUAGACUCUUUUAGUCUCUUUGUUUUUAAUCUUAUCCUUUUCUUCUUUCUCUUUUGUCUUCUCUUUUCUAUACCUUAGCUUACUCCAAUAUUCUAACUUUACAUAUUUUCUUAAUUCUUAGUCCUUAAUUACCUUCUACUUUCUCUUAAUUUCUACUUGUGAAUUUUCUUGAAUUCUAGUUUCAUACUUGAUAUUGUCUUCACAUUCAAAUGGAUUUUCCACCUUUUUUCUCCUGGUAGAAUCUAUGUGAAAAUCUUGAAGUUCUGUGAAUUUUUAUCUACAAUUUGUUGGUUGUUCGUAUUAUCUAGCUUUAGGAUAUACCAUCUUUGUUCCUAUAAUAAGGUCUUAAAUAAACAUCUUAAUUAAAAGUUUUCCUUCUUAGAGUGAACUGAGAUUUUCCAGCUGAUAUAAACCAUAAUACCACCAAAAGAAAAAAAAAAGAAUAAAAAAAGAAGAAGAUUAAAAUGGAUCAUAGUCAUGUUCAGCAGCAACGAAUUAGUUCAGGGUUAACUAGGUAUCGAUCUGCACCAAGUUCAUACUUCUCUAGCCUAUUAAGUAAUACUCCUGUUGGUGGUGGUGGAUGUGGUUAUGCAAGAGAUGAUUUUUCUCGUGGUUCAACGAGUAGUGAUAUAGAGCAAGUUUUCGCUAGAUUUGUCGCUAGUAUUGGUAACCAGGACUCGAACUCGGGUACAAAUCAACAAAUUCAGGACAACCCCAAGAGUAAUUUGAACGUGACAUCGGAUUUUAUUGUUCCAAAACAAGAGGAUAUACAGCAGAACAAGCGCUUAAUGCGACAUAGGAGUAGCGAUUACUCUUUGGUUGCACAAAUGAAUUAUCAAAACCAAGCUCAACAACAGAGCCAACAGUUUAUUUCACCUGUGAAAAAGGAACCAGAGACUCUGCAACAAUUGCAACAGCAAAGUACUGUGAAUUACCAAAGCCAAGCUCAACAAAUUGACAAGUCGAGGGUGGCCAGUUCAUCGGCCAUGGAUAAUUCAUUUGUAUUUACGAGUUCUGUGAAUUCGGCUCGUUGGACACCUGGUAGUGGUGGUGGUGCUAAUUCGAAUCUUACUCGUUAUAAUAGUUCGCCUGCUGGAUUCUUUGACACAAUCAAUAUUGGAAAUGAAUAUGGUCCUAUGCGAGGCAUAGGGAGUUAUGGAACUAGUACUAGUGCUGCUACAGAAACUUUAUUAUCGACUCCGAGAAGCUUCAAGACUCAAGUGGGAUUCUCAUCAGGGAAACCUCCUGCUUCUCCCGGGCUAAUGGCUCCAAUCUCUGAAAUUGGAGAUAAAGUCUUGGAAGGAAACGGUACGGGCAAUGAACAUAAAAAUGAUGAGAGUUGCAUUACAGAUUUUCCCAUGCCUUCUUGGGAAGAUUCACCCAUUUUGUCCGACGAUUUCCUCAAAACCGAAGACAUUGAGAUUGAGCCAUUCUCUGAUGUAAAUACAUCCCAUAAUCAGAAUAGUGAAGGUCUGUCUCGUCCGCCAAUUCCUCCUUUAUCUCAUCAUUUGAGUUUGCCCACAAGUACCAUGGAGAAGCUCUUGCAAGAUUCAACACCCUUAAAUGUCAGAGCAAAGAGAGGUUGUGCCACUCACCCUCGUAGCAUUGCAGAAAGGGUGAGAAGAACACGAAUAAGCGAAAGAAUGAGGAAGCUGCAGGAGCUUGUUCCCAACAUGGACAAGCAAACACACACAGCAGAUAUGUUGGAUUUUGCAGUAGAUUACAUUAAAGAGCUGGAGGCACAAGUCAAGAUACUGGCAGAAAGGCGGGCCAAGUGUACGUGCAUACAUAAGUAAAAAAGCUACAGAUCAAAAGGUGAAGGUAGGAUGAAAGGGAACUGAUGAAAUAUCCAAGCAAAAUUGGAAAUCCCUUUGGCACUUGUCAAGAAGAGACAAUGGAGUUGGCAUUUUGCUGGGCAACAAGAUAGGAGCAAAUUCAUUUGAUAUAACAUAAUAUACUUUUUUUAUAAGAAUGCUGUAUGGAUCAACUUGUGCGCGCUUCAAUUACUAGCAACUUGUUCAUAUGAAUUACUAUGCCCACUGUUUACACGGAAAA